CCGGCGGAUGAGAGCGCAGCCGAGAGACCGAGGCAUCAUCCUGCGUGGAAACAGCGAGGAGGGGAGGAGAGGAAACGGAGCGACGGAGAGAUGGCGAGCGUCAACAUGGGGCCGACACCACCGCUGCUGCUGCUGGGGCUCUCAUGGCUCCUUCUGGCCGCGCUGACGCCUUUUGUCCGGGGUCUGAACGGCGACGAGGACCAGAACCAGGACACCGAGUGCAAGAUGAAGAGCGUCACCGUGUCCGCGCUGCCGUUUCUGAGGGAGAACGACCUGAGCAUCAUGCACAGUCCGUCGGCCUCGGAGCCCAAGCUGCUGUUCUCCGUCAGGAACGAUUUUCCCGGAGAUGUCGUGGUGGUGGACGACCUGGAGAACACCGAGCUUCCCUUUUUCGUCUUGGAGAUCUCUGGGAAUUCAGAGGACAUCCCUCUGGUGCGCUGGAGGCAGCAGUGGCUGGAGAACGGCACUCUCCUCUUCCACAUCCACCACCAGGACGGCAGCCUGAACCUCCCCGAGCCCACCGAAGACCCCGCCAACAAUUCUGCCAAGGAGGAGCUCCGCAUCCUGCACAUCUCUGUCAUGGGCGGGAUGAUCGCCCUUCUGCUGUCCAUCCUGUGCCUGGUCCUGAUCCUCUACACCCGCAGGCGCUGGUGUAAACGCCGCCGCAUCCCUCAGCCCCAGAAGAGCGCCAGUGCUGAGGCAGCUAAUGAGAUCCACUACAUCCCCUCCGUGCUGAUGGGGGGCCAGGCCAGAGAGAGCCUGAGGAACUCCAGGGGUCAGGGCCCGAACUCCAGCGGCACCCUAAGCAUUCGGGAAACACCGAUUCUAGAUGGGUACGAGUACGACAUCACUGACCUGCGUCACCAUCUGCAGCGCGAGUGUAUGAAUGGUGGCGAGGAGUUUGCCAGCCAAGUCACCCGUACACUGGACUCCCUUCAGGGCUGCAAUGACAAGAAUAACAUGGACCUCACACCCGUGAGUGACAACACCAAGCUGGCUCUGAUGAACAAGUACAAGGAUAACAUCAUCGCCACGAGCCCCAUCGACAGCAACCACCAGCAUACCAACACGCUGCUGCCGCACAACACGUCCACCAGCCAACGCAAACGGCUCUCCAGCAACACCCGAGCGGGUUCAACUUUCUUGAACCCAGACGGGGACUCUGGGACGGAGGCAGACAGCGAGCCUCACUUGGCCUUUUACACCGACCCAAACCGCAGCCGCCGCCGGAGUCGAGGUAUGAGAAAUGGUAAUGCCAACAGCGCGUGGGGCUCAGGGGCAGGUUCCCCGCGGAGCCCCAUCAAUAAGACCACCCUGACUCUGAUCAGUGUCAUCAGCUGCGUGAUUGGCCUGGUUUACUCCUCGCACCUCGCCUGCAGCCUCGCAGUCCGGGUGAUCCUACACGUGCCAGAGCACCUCAUCGCUGACGGUUCGAGGUUCAUCUUGCUGCAGGGGAGCCAGUUAGACGCCUCAGACUGGCUGAACCCGGCUCAGAUCUUGCUGUACUACCAGCAGAACGCCAGCGGGCCCUGGGUCAACGAGCUGUGUGGACGACGCCUCCUGGACCCCUGUGAGCACCAGUGUGAGCCAGAGUCAGGAGAAUGUCUGUGCCUUGACGGCUACAUGAAAGACCCGGUCCAUAAGCACCUCUGCAUCCGCAGUGAGUGGGGGGCCAAUCAGGGUCCCUGGCCUUACACCAUCUUCCAGCGCGGUUUUGAUCUUGUGAUGGGGGAACAACCCUCUGAUCGCAUUUUCAGAUUCACAUACACUCUAGGAGAAGGGAUGUGGCUGCCGUUGAGUAAAAGCUUUGUCAUCCCUCCCGCUGAGCUCGCCAUAAACCCCUCAGCCAAGUGCAAGACGGACAUGACGGUCAUGGAGGAUGCGGUGGACGUACGGGAGGAGCUGAUGAUCAGUUCAUCGUUCGACUCUCUGGAGGUUCUCCUGGAUUCCUUCGGGCCUGUCAGAGACUGCACCAAGGACAACGGAGGCUGCAGCCGCAACUUCCGCUGCAUAUCUGACCGAAAGCUGGACUCCACCGGAUGUGUGUGCCCUCCAGGGCUGAGUCCUAUGAAGGAUGGGACCGGGUGCUACGACCACCACAUCGGCAUCGACUGCUCUGACGGCUUCAAUGGAGGCUGUGAGCAGCUGUGUCUGCAGCAGCUGGCUCCUCUGGAGGAUGACCCCACUCUCUACAACAUCCAGAUGUUCUGUGGGUGCAUCGAGGACUACAAACGGGGACCAGAUGGGAGGUCGUGCCUGCCGCUGUCUGAGGUCUGCACCGAGGGAAUAGACUGCGGGGAGUCAGUCGACAUCCCAGCUAACCAGACCGUGUUCGGAGACCUUUUCUAUGGCUACAACAACCACACCAAGGAGAGCACCUCCGGACAGAUCCUCAAGGCUACCUUUAGGCAGAAGAACUUUGCCCGAGGCAUCGAGCAGCAGCUCCCAGAUGGCAUGGUGGUGGCAUCGGUGCCAACAGAGGUUCAGUGCCAUGAGGAGCUGUCGGACCCCGUGCCCGACCCAGAAUACCUCACAGGCAUGGUGAACUACAGCGAGGUGUCUGGAUACCCGCUGGUCCAGCACUGGAGUCUCCGCUCGGUGCUGUACCACGUCAAACUCAAUCAGUGGGUCCUCUCUCAAGCCUUCAGCUCUGCCAUCCAUUCUCUGGACGGGGCGACGCAGCGGAGCGACUUUGUCUCCAUCAUCCGGGAGUUCGGGAACCACUAUGUGCAGGAGGCGGUGUACGGCUUCCAGGAGUCCUGCACCAUCUGGUACCCCAACAAACAGGUCCAGAGACAGCUGUGGCUGGAGUACCAGGACAUCAGCAAAGGUAACUCGCCAUCCGAGGAGUCAGAGGAGCGCGACAAGGAGCAGCGGACGCUGACCUACCCGGCGUACAUCGCCAGCCUGCUGGACACGGGUGCAAAGCGCAUGGCAGCCGGCGUCCGUAUGGACUGCACCAGCCAGGGCCAGUGUCCGCGCUCAUGCCACCUCUGCCACAUGAGCCCCAGAGCGACACAAGGCCGGCAGCAGUCUGAGCCCGUCCUGUUGCAGAUCACCAAGGCUGCACCCAUCUAUGAGCUGGUGUCCAACAAUGAGACCUACCAGGCUCUUCAGGAGGCGAUGAUGAGCAUGCUGUGGUGUUCUGGGAAAGGUGACGUUAUCGAUGAUUGGUGUCGGUGCGAUUCCAGCGCUUUUGGCUCGGACGGACUGCCCACCUGCGCCCCACUUCCCCAGCCGAUGCUGAAACUGUCUUACACCUACGAGCCCAGCAGCUCAUUGGUCAUCUUGGAGUGGAACCACACGGAGCCACCAAUAGGCGUGCGGAUAGUCGAUUACCUCAUCAGCCAGGAGAAGGUGACGGAGAGGAGCGACCACUCCAAAGUUGAGACAGAAACACUUUUGAGCUUUGUGGAUGACAUCUUGUCGGGGGCCAGGUCUCCAUGUGUGAUGUUAGGGGACAUCCCCAACCUCCUGUCCUCCUCCAUCAGCAUGAUCAUCCGCUGCCUGGAGCCCGACACCACCUACAUGUUCAGACUGUGGGCGGUAGACAACACAGGGCGCCGCUCCAAUCCAAGUGAGGUGACCAUCAAAACACCGUGUCCCACUGUGGAUGACGUCAAAGCACAAGAAAUCUCCGAUAAGAUCUAUAACCUGUUCAACGGAUACACCAGUGGAAAAGAGCAGCAGACGGCCUACAACACUCUGAUGGACCUGGGAGCGCCCACGCUGCGCCGCGUGCUCUACCACUACAACCAGCGCUACGAGAGCUUCGGAGAGUUCACCUGGAGGUGUGAGGACGAGCUCGGGCCCAGGAAGGCCGGCCUCAUCCUCUCCCAGCUAGACGAACUCUCCCCGUGGUGUAGAGGUCUCCUCCAGGAGCCGAAGAUCGGCCUCCGCAGGAUGUCCCUCAAGUUCCUGUCCUGCCGUUACACCGACACCAAGACCAUCGGCCUGAACUGGUCCGACAUGGGCAAGGACGUGCACAAGGCCUGUGAUGAGCAGACGCUCACCGUCAUGUACAACGACUACGGCGAGCCCAAGGAACUGUAAAAUUGACCAGAGCUUUCAUUUCAGAUGUGUGCAGGGGUACGAGAGAUUUGUCAAGGCCAAUAGACAAACAAUUCAAAUGCAGGUUUCACAUUUGUUUCCAGAAGCUACAUGGGUUUUCUUUCUCUUUUAGCGAUGCUCCUAAUCAUUCUGAACACCAUUAGCUCUGCUCAGCUCUCCCCAACUCUCCCCAUCUCUUGGUAAAUGUAUUCAAAAUUCUAAUAAGUGCUCUCAGCAGCUCUACUGCAUGAUGAGAUUUUAUAAUCCUUGGCUGUGAUUUGACCACUGCUGAGGUCCAUCUUUCCCAUGCAAAGUAACACGACUUAUUCUGCAGAUGCUCCACAGUAAAGGUUUUCCAGAUUCAUGCCCUUUGAUCAGCUCUCCUUGGUCCAUAAUAAUUCCUUAAAGUUUAACAAAAGCAAGUUAAAAAAUAAUAACAAGGUUUGUGGUUCAAUCUGGUAGCUUUUUAAGUACCAUGGGCAAAUCCCAGAACCCUUUCUGCCAGAGCUCAGGCCAGCAUGUCCAAAGAUGGUCCAUUGUUUUCAGUGUGUGUUUGUCAAAUGAAGACAAAAGGUCAUGUUUGUACAGGAUUAGAUUUACCCGGAGAAGCCUUGCUAAUUUUGAUGAAUUCCUGAGGAUGUCUGUGUUUUCAAUACCUUGCAAAUCAACCAUGUCUGUAAUUUGUAAAGUAGGUAUUCCAGGGCAAAUUACCAACCAUACAAACACAAAGGUCCUCUGAUAUAAGUCAACCAGUUCCAUUCGACAUCUCAGUAAUUCUCCAGUUGUUUUUUAAAUCGGGCUCUGCAGCAUGUUUGCCUCUUUUUUUCUGGUCGAGAAUAAUAGAGGCGAUGUUGGACGUUGUAACAAUGGUUUUGACAGCGUUUUCAGUGCAAUUGAUUUGGCUCAUCUCGCUACAGUACGUAGACACAUUGGUAGAAAGAGCAAAAAAUCCAUCAGAAGAACCAGAUGUGUCCAGAUGGAUGAUGUGCUCUGCAGAAUGUGGUCAGGAACAAGUUUUAGCCUUCAACAGCCUCAUAUUAAAGCCUUGAAAGUGCAGAUUUUUUUUUUUUGCAUAACAACAAUGUCAAUGGCAUCACAUAAGGUGCACUACAUUGGUUUUUGGUAUAGAAUUUGAAAAGAAGAAGAGUGCAGUGCCUGAUAUAUUGUUCCCUGGUAACCACUAAAUCACCCGUGCAGACACUUUACAAUCAAUUUUUCAAAUUAUUGAAAAUUGGGGAUGCGGAGCUCAAUACAAACGUGUUAUUGCAUGGUAUCUCGUAUACUUUAUGACCUAACAUUAAAACCUUGACAUGUCCUUAAGUUCUCCAAUGUGUCCCUGCCCCCCAAAAGACGAGGUGGGUGUCAUGCAGUGCCUAGAGGUUUUCAAUCAGGAAUGUCAGUAAAUCAGAAAAAAUGACAGACUGGGCUUCUACGGUGUGAAUGCAACGCACCAUCGCUGCCCUUUAGAGGACAAUUCCCAAAUAAGCAGAGGCCCCCCAGGUAAUACUAAUCCUGUGUGAACAAGGGUCAAGGCUUUGAGCUUUACCAUUUACUGUGAAGCAGCUGCAUGCUCAAUAUGAGAUAGUUAAGUAUCUACAGGUUGCCUGAGGUAAAGGUUGGUAACUGUUCUUAUUGUCAGUGUAUUGCAAGGAAGUAAUGGACAGACCGAGAAAUUUAGAAAACCCAGAUUUGCUAUCAUUUGAAUGCAGUAAGUCAACAAUUAAAACAAACAGUAGUUAAUAUUUUGUUUGACUUGAAAUCAUGACAGAAGUUGUAUUAUCCUCUACAAAGCCGACUUAUCAUUGGAUCAUGUCUCUAAUUCUUUUGCAUGUCGUUGUUGGACUUUACGAUCUUUAUUUAACACUUCAGAAGAGCGCAUCUUCCAUUUAACGUCUUUACAAAAAUCUGACAGAAUAGUGUAAUCUAAAAGGGAAAGUGGGAGUUUUGUGGGCUUCUUCAGAAUUCAUUCAGAGCUUAAAGGUCUGAUCUGGGACACGCAGCUACUCCUUUGUGCCUGUUUUAAUCCAAACUUAGUCUCAUCAUCUUUAGCUAAAUUAUGGUGAUGCAUUUCUUAAAAACCAGAUGGGUGGUUAAGAAUUUCAAUGUCUGACCACACCCUUCCUACAGAUGCAGAUAGCUGUGUCUAUGAGCUGAAGUCAUCCCUCCUACAGAUGCAGAUAGCUGUGUCUAUGAGCUGAAGUCAUCCCUCCUACAGAUGCAGAUAGCUGUGUCUAUGAGCUGAAGUCAUCCCUCCUACAGAUGCAGAUAGCCGCCUCUAUGAGCUGAAGUCAGGGCUUAGGUCCUUGUAAAGAUCACAUGACCAUCAAGGAAGUGUAGGGGUCUUUUGUAAAAACACAACUGUUUUAAAAUUAAUUGUAGCUUUAGUUUCACUGAGACAUCGCUGCCAUUGGUCGAUAUUUUACAGCUUCUAAUGCUUGUCGUUUAGAAAUGCUGAAUAAGUGCAGCAUACACCCAGCAGGUGAACACUUUGCUCUACCAUCCUGUGUUUCCUCGGCUGUGACGUGAUUUCUGCUGCUGUAUUGUGUGUUGUUGCCUAUAUACAUCGAGCCUUAUCAGGAUGAUCCCAUUUUUUUAAAUGUCCUUUCUUUGUUAAUGUAUUUUAAAGAUAUCGUCCUCAUGAACGUGGUCAAGUUAUUGAGACCCUACCAAAGGUCAUGUCAUGACAGUAAAUGCCAUGUGGGGAAACUACGAUGGAGUAUUUGGGCCACAUUGAGGGAAUCAAAAAUCUGAGUUCUCGAGAUUAAAGUCAUAAAUGUUGGAGAAUAAACUCUGAGAUUUAUGAGAAUAAAGUCACAAGUAAAGGAAGUCAUAAAUGUGCAAGAAUACAUUUCUGACUUUAAUAAAGUUAUACAUUUACGAGAAUAAAUUUGUAAAUGUACUCAAUUAAAAUCAUAAAUUUACAAGAUUAAAGUUUGUUACUUUAUUCUAUAGUUCUAUCAGAAGAGCAGUGGCCACCUGUAUGAAAGUUAGCAUCUUGUGAAGUUAUACUUCAGCCUGUCAGCAGCAGCCGCCUCGUCGCUAUAUUGCAGCUCAUAGAGAUAGCCAUGAACAUCCGAUUCGAGCAAAAGACCCUUCAUCCAUAUCAGUUUGAAGUUGAAACAUACUUUCUGCCAUUGUUGGUUCUCCUCAGCUUUCUCCACAGAGACUGUUAGCAUAGCUACCAAGCAAUAUGGCGGACAUUGAGUUUCGAUUCUGGGAGUGAGGUGCCACACACUGAUCUGUAAUAGGUCAACCUUUCAGAAUAAUGGUUUUAACCAAAGCCUCAUUUAAAGCGAUUUACAAAUUUAAUAUUGUAAAUUUACGACUUUAUUCUUGUUUAUUUACGACUUUCAUCUCAAUAGGUUAGAUUUUGUUUUCUUGAACGUGGCCCUCAAACUCUGUCGUAGGAAACAGAUGAAAAAGUCAGAGUUUGAUCAAGUAGAGUGAGAAAGGUGAGGUAUUAUGUCACGUUAGAAGUCUACUCUUCAUUAUGUCAGAAUGGAGAAAUACAGGUGGUCUGCGGGGAGUGAUUUUUAUAGUUCAGACAUUCAAAGAGAAAGUUGUACAGAACAUUUAUGAUAAAGUUUUAGAGAUAUAUAACCUGCUGAAUGUAGUAUCAAUAGUUUGCAUUUAUAACAGAGGCUGUUAUAGAGUUUUAUUUGAUCUGUGUACAAUCCUUUGAUUUUCUCUUCAUGUUCCAUAAAACCUGCCGAGCUGGACAGCGCCUUCUCCUUUCCUGUUUUAAAGUUCUCCAGUGUAACCAAUGAACGCUGUCAAAACAAACUAACAUGUUUGUACCUGCUACUUUGUGCGUUCAAACCUCAUGCAAUAAUCUUCAUCUCUUGAACAUUUGCAUUAACUCUUUGUGUUUAAAGUGCGGACCUUUGGACCUUUCUUUGACCUCCGUGUAUGUCCCUGAGUCACUGUGCAGUAUGCUGGAGACUGAUGUCAAAGGAAAGCAGAACGUAUUUGAGUUGUUGAUCUUGAACAAAUCUCAUUAUGUGAAUACUAAACUGAACACUUGUAGAUUUUUGUAUAGGCAGCAGAGUGUUUCAUAAAAGCAUCACGUUAUACAGCACAGUGUUUCUCUUCUGUACAUACGUGUAGAACAGGUGAUCUUUAGUGUGCUUUAGUAGGUGCAGUAUUGUACUGUAAAAUCUGCAGUGUAGCUUAGUGUAGCAGCUCUUAAAAAAAAAACAGGGUUUAACAAUCUUUGUCGUGAAGCUGGAGUCCAAAGGUUGAUAUUAAACAUGGUGAUGUAACUUUAUGUCGGGACAAAAAUGUGAAUUUGAAGCUGAAAUGAAAAAGACGACAAGAUUGAGAUAUUUUGACCCUUGAGAAAAAUGUGAAGUAUCUACCAUCUGCAUGACAUUGUUCUGUCUAUACUGUUUGUGGCUCUCAUACAUUUAACUUUUACACUUUUAUCUUUGCUACUUACAAAAAAAACAAUAAAGAAUAUAUUGUGAAAGUG